AUGUUAAAGAAAUUCAUGGUGGAGGAUAGCAAACCAGUGGGAACACUUAUGCUAGUAGGUUGCAAGUUGAGUUCCAGUGAUGAGUCACCCUCAGUUGAUCAGACUCAGUACAGAUCCAUGAUUGGGAGUCUUUUGUACCUAACAGCAUCAAGACCUGAUAUUCUACAGCCAGUGUGUCUAGUAGCUAGAUUCCAGGCUAACCCAAAGGAAACACAUCUGCUAGCAGUGAAGAGGAUUUUCAGGUAUUUGAAAGGGUCAACGGAGUAUGGAUUAUGGUAUCCUAAGAUUGAAAAGUUCACUCUCACAGCCUUCUCCGAUGUAGAUUGGGCUGGUAGCAAUGAUGAUAAGAAGAGCACCAGUGGAGGGGCAUUCUACUUGGGGAAGAGUUUGGUUGCUUGGCAUAGUAAGAAGCAGGAGUCAGUGUCAUUAUCUACAGCAGAGGCUGAGUACAUAGCAACUGUAGCCAGUUAUACUUAA